AUGGAUCUCGAGCAGUCUCAGGAACCUGGUUCCCAAAGCUUUGCAAAAUUUUGCGAACAGUGCUCUGUUGUUCUCUUCAACGACAGCGCCGAUGAGUUUUCCGAAGGCACGAACUGGAACAAUGAGCCAACUCUGCGACAUUCUCGAGAGGGAGGCAGGAUAAUCAUCCUGGAGCACGUGCGCGGUUGGAAAGACACGCUGCCCGACUUGCCCCGAAUGGCUGAAUCCUCCAGGGCCGGGUGCAGCAUGUGUGGCUUCGUUCGGGAAGCGCUUCUCCGACGAAACGUAGACUACGAGGGCGACGUCUUUGUUAGAGGGGGAUACCUAUGGGGCGGACAAGGAGAUGCAAUGGACGUCUCCGCUACAGAUCCUGGCUUGGCUUUCUGGAGGUGCGAGGUUUACAAGGUCGCGAGGGGGACCCGCGAGAACCAAGUUGCAGUUCUUAAUUUCGGCAUCGAGACUAGCAACGAUGACGUGCUCCAAUGGCUGAGGUUGGACGAGAAGUGCGCCUCAGAGCCCUUGGACCCGGACAAUGUCGAAUGGCUCAAGUCAGAGCUCCGGAGCUGCGAGGAUGAUUGCGGCCACGCCAAACCAGCAUCAUCAUUCCUGCCCACCAGGCUGAUUGAUGUCGGCCAGAGCGAGAAGGACGUCCCUCGACUCGUCGUCACAGAAGACAUGCUCAACUCGCGCACGGUCGACGAUGUGGAGUAUGCGGCACUGAGUUAUUGUUGGGGACCCAAAGAAGAUGCUCUACAGCAAACCAAAACUACAAAAGACACCAUGUCAACCCACUACCAAGGGAUGCCGCUUAGCUCCUUAAGCCCUGUCGUGCGGGACACCGUCAAGGUCUGCAGGACGCUCGACAUUCGAUACCUCUGGGUUGACGCUCUUUGCAUCAUUCAAGGAGACAAGGCAGAUUGGGACCGAGAGAGUCAGAUGAUGGGCCAGGUCUACUACUCUUGCUCUGUGGCCAUCUGUCCCGUCUCUUCUCGGUCUUGUCUCGAAGGCUAUCUCGGAGUACGGCCGCGAGGUCUCGACGUCGCUUUCCAAUCAUCGCGCCACCAGCAUAUCAGGGGAACCUACAAGCUCGUCCCCUCUUCUACCGAUAGUGAUGAGGACAGAAUGGGCUAUCCCCGUCCCGGGCCACCACUGUAUUUGGAUCUCAGCCGCUCCUCGUGGGACCAGAGGGGCUGGACAUUCCAAGAACUGGUCCUCUCACCCCGCAUGAUCAUUUUCGGGCCUUUGAUGAGCCAUUUUGUCUGCGAAACCAAGACAAAGUCAGAGAACGGGGACGUUGGCACCGAUCAAGUGCAUGGCCCACUGCGGGCCGCCAUAAACCAAGCUCUCGGAGAGGGGUUUGACGAGAUGGAUCGCUCGGCGAAGAGCGUGCGAGAGGUGUAUCGGCAAUGGACCUAUGUGGGCGAGGUCCAGAGGAGGAUCUGGACAUAUCGUACCGACAUCUUCCCCGGGCUUUCUGGUCUCGCCCAGGCCUUCGCAGCGAUCACCGGCGACACAUAUCUUGCAGGCUUAUGGAAAAACAAUCUCCAUCAUCAACUGGUUUGGGAAAUCGCACGGCCGUUACCCGGCGACUUGGCCUCACUAGUGGACAGCUUGCAGCACGCAGACCCGUACAUCGCGCCCUCGUGGAGCUGGGCGUCGCGGACAUCGUACCACGAGCAUUUGCCUGACUGGUCGUUCGCAGCUUCGAGUGAGAUCGAAGAGAUGGCCUCCGCCGCCGGCGAGAAAGAAAAGGCGUACUUUCUAGGCGUCUCGCUGCCAAGUCACGUCCGCCCCGAGUUUGACCUCAUAGACUACCGCAUGGACCUUCAAGGAAGCAACCUCUUCAGACCUCUCAACGGAGCUUUCCUUCAGAUCAAGGGCAGGAUGUGCCCGUUCCCUUCGGACGUUAGAAGGGAGUCCCUAGGGCCCAGCGGUGACUGUCGUCCGUCGUACGGGAGGUUUUCGGGCGGGAUCGGGACUUGCAUGCUCGACUGGGGCGUCGGCGAGACGUCGGUGCAGACGCCAGAGAGCAUGCGGUUGUUUUUGGUAUCGAGCUGUUGCUCGGCAACGUUGGAGUGGAGGAGAGCGAAGUGGUUUGCGGACUGCGAUGAUGAAGACUUUGACGACUGGAUGCCGAGUGACGCGGAGGUAGGCGGAAGUUCAUUUCCCGACGGCUAUGAGAGCAUUGAGACGUGCCGAUACUGCGCGGAUCCAAAACACAAGCGGACUGGCUGGGGUCUUGUUGUUCAUCCCACGAAGGAGUCCGGAUCGUACGUGCGAGUCGGAGCGUUUGUCUUUUUCGCACAUAAAGGGGGUACGGAUCUCUUUAUACAUAAGGCGGAGGAGAUAAUACUCGUGUAG